UUGAAGCAUACAAGCUCAAGUUAACUAUGAGACUCCAUUUCCCAGGAAGCUCAGCGUUCAGCGUGCGCUAUGGAGCCGCGUGUCGCAGAACUGAAGCUGAAGAUUGAGGACAGCUUGUGUCCUUUUGGCUUCGAGGUUUACCCCUUCCAGGUGGCAUGGUACAAUGAACUCCUGCCUCCAGCUUUCCACUUGCCCUUCCCGGGACCUACCCUGGCCUUCCUGGUACUCAGCACACCUGCUAUGUUUGAUAAAGCUCUCAAACCCUUCUUGAAGAGCUACCACCUCCAACCACUGAGAGACCCAGUGGAUCAGUGCGUAUCCUACCACCUGAGAAGUGUUGCAGAGAAUUUUCCAGAACUGCAAAUGGAAAUCAUUGCUGACUAUGAAGUUCACCCCAACCGGCGCCCUAAGAUUCUAGCCCAGACCGCAGCUCAUGUGGCAGGUGCUGCUUACUACUACCAACGAAAAGAUGUGGAUGCUGACCCAUGGGGGACCCAGCACAUAGCAGGUGUGUGCAUACACCCCCGAUUUGGGGGCUGGUUUGCUAUCCGAGGGGUCAUGUUGCUGCCAGGGAUUGAAGUACCAAACUUGCCACCCAGAAAGCCCCCUGAUUGUGUCCCUACAAGAGCUGGCCGCAUCACUCUGCUUGAAAGCUUCAAUUUCCAUUGGCGAGACUGGACAUACCGGGAUGUUGUGACUCCUGAAGAGCGGUACUCAGAAGAACAGAAGGUCUACUUUUCCACUCCACCUGCCCAACGCUUGGCCCUAUUAGGCUUAUCUCAGCCCUCAGAACACCCUAGCACUACAUCUGAGCAUCCUAGUUCCAUGCUUACCAAGCCUCAGGAUUCCAGCAGAGCUCGAAGCUGGCUUAGCCCCAGAGUCUCACCACCUGUAUCCCCAGGCCCUUGAUACCUUUUCCCUUGUGGGAUUCCCACUUAUGGUAGAUUUAUUUUGGGUGGAAUUUGGGUUUUAAAAAAGCACUUUGAGCCCAGUGGGGUGGCACAAACCUUUAAUCACAGCAAUCAGAGACAGAGGCAGGUGGAUCUCUGAUUUCCAGACCAGCCUGGUCUACAAGAGCUAGUUCCAAGAGAGCCUCCAAAGCUACAGAGAAACCCUGCCUU